AUGAACGGCCAUCAAACUAGUCGACCUUUGAAACCAGGCGUCAAUGUGCCUAUGGUGGCUUUCUUCGACCCUGAGACUGAAGAUGUCGAUGUCGCUGCCACUGCAAAGCAUGCUGUUAGACUUGCAAAGGCCGGCCUCACUUCUAUCACCUGCCAAGGAUCAAAUGGCGAAGCAGUCCAUCUAACUCGAGAAGAGAGAAAGCUCGUGACAAGCACAACCCGCAAAGCACUCGAUGAGGCCGGUUUCUCUGAUAUGCCAAUCGUGGUCGGAUGCGCCGCACAGUCAGUUCGUGAAACUGUACAGUUCUGCAAGGAUGCAUAUGAAGCUGGUGGCGACUACGCCUUGGUCCUCCCUCCUUCAUACUACAAGGCCGCCUACACCCCCGCCAGCUUUGUCGAAUAUUUCCAGGAUGUCGCGACGGACUCACCUAUCCCAAUCAUCAUCUACAACUACCCUGGCGCGGUCGCUGGCGUUGAUCUCGACUCUGAUACCAUUAUCAAAUUGGCUAAGCAUCCCAAGAUCGUUGGCUGCAAGCUCACCUGCGGUAACACUGGCAAACUGAACCGAAUCGCCCAUGCUGUCAAUGCCGCCACUGCAUCGAACAAUGGAUCUGGUUGGAUGUGCAUGGGCGGCUCGGCGGAUUUCACUCUGCAAACGAUGAUCGCUGGAGGGUCUGGCGUCAUCACAGGGUUGGGCAACGUUGUGCCGAAGGCUUGCGUGAAGGUGUUCAACCUAUAUGCAGAGGGCAAGGUCGAGGAAGCCCAAAAGAUGCAAGCGAUUGUUGCCCGAGGGGAUUGGGGAGUCAUUGCUGGUGGAAUCACCGGGACCAAGAGCGCGCUGGAGUCAUUUUUCGGAUACGGUGGUUAUGCCAGACGGCCACUACCCAAGCCGAGCAAGGAGGAUGUGGCCAGGUAUGAGGCUGCGCUGAAGGAAGUCGUCGAGCUUGAGAAUUCGCUGUAG